AUGGAAUCAUCUUCCAAUCACAUGACAUGUCUCUUGAAGAUAGAAUCUCCUAUGCCUGGAUGGAAAAAAUCUUUGGAAAAUUUACUCAAGACCAUUAAGGAUGUGAGUUUCAUGAUCGACAAGCGAAGCAAAACGGUAUAUAUAUCCGGGAAAUUCAACCCACAAAUAGUAGUUGAAAAGAUUACAAAAGCAGGCAAUAAUGCUGUUAUAGUAUGGAGCAAAUGCGAACCGGACAAGCAGCCGGAAAAUCGAAAAGACCGUUAUAUGGAACAAUGUUAUGCGCCCCGCGGAUACAUGAAUCCUUCUCUUGGUUACUCAAAUUAUCCUCCGCCUGGUUAUUGGAUGAAUCAACCUCAACCAUACAUUCACAAUUUUGCUCCUCCACCACCAUAUGUGCAGCAGUUCCAUCCGCAACCACCAGCACCGCCACCGUACGAGUUUCACCAGAGUGAACCGGUGCCUAAGAGUUUUCCGCCUACGCCACCACCGCCAAAGAACUUUACCAUGGGAGAUUUACAACCUUUCGGAUGCAUAGUCAUGUGA